AUGGAUAAUAUAAGGAAAUACUACCUUGUACACUCUACCUACGCGAACAACAAUUGUUUCUUGGCGCCGUACCGGGGGAGCACAUAUCACCUUCAAGAGUAUAGGGCAAGACGUGGCCAUCCUCAAACUCAGCGUGAGUUGUUCAAUUAUACGCAUUCGUCCCUAAGAAAUGCUAUUGAGCGCACUUUCGGUGUUUGGAAAGCAAGGUUCCGCAUAUUGAAGUGCAUAAAUAAUUACCCAAUAGAGAAACAUAUACAAAUUCCUAUUGCUUGUGUCGUGCUUCACAAUUUCAUACACAUGUACAACCGUAACGGCGAUCUACUAAACCAAUACACACGAGACGGAGUACUAGUUACUGAAAUUGAUCUAGAGAAUGCGGAUCAAGAUGUUAAUCAGAAUCACAAUCCUGAUCGGGCAACUGAACAAAAUCACAACUCUGCAAAUCGUAGAGCAAUGAAUAUUUUGAGGGAAGAGAUGACUGCUAGCAUGUGGGGGGCAUUGGAAGCAUAUCGUAAUCGGUAG